CACUUGACCGUACAGAACGCCCAGAUGGAGAUUAGGGCGUGGAACAUAGCCUCCGUCCGAACUUCCACCACACUGCACCAUACGAGUAUCCAACUGCAACAAGCUGAAACCGUUAUUAAAACCACUGUACCACCAGUCGCCUCCGUUCGAGCUCAGGUGAGUGCGAGCGCCUACGUUCCACACCCUAAUAUUCUGAAGAGGUUCCUCCUGAUGCGUACUGCUAUUUCUGUCUCAGGUUAGCGUUUCAGUCUACAGGUUACUAGGUUAGCGUUCCUCUCUAGGUCUCUAGGUUAGCGUUUCAAUCUAUAGGUUCGCGUUUUCGUCUCCUCUGCUUUCGCUUGCCCAGCGCAUCCAACGCGCUAGCAUUUUCCGUUCGCCGUACAAUUCCGCAGUUCGGUCAAGCAUUUGGUAUCAUCAUUGGCUUCACGCGCAGCUAGGUUUUCACCAGAAUACAAGAAUAACAGCUUUCGGAGCCUUUUUUGUUUUAAUCACGAGCAGUUGUAGUCACUAGCAGUUAUGAGGAAGCUGCAGUAUCACGAGCAGCGGCUGCUGCGGAAGGUGAAUUUCUUGCAGUGGAAGAGCGAAAACAACGUUCGCGAACUCGAGGUCAUGCGACGAUACCACAUCACCGAACGCGACGAUUACUCCAAGUACAACCGGCUGUGCGGUAAAAUCACAAAGCUGACGACGUUGCUCAAGAAACUGGACCCCACCGACCCCUUCCGAAUCGAAAUGACUGACCAGCUCAUUAAUAAACUCUACAACAUGGGGGUGAUACCCACGCAAAAGAGCCUGGCACUUUGUGAUAAGAUCUCCGUCUCUUCCUUCUGCAGACGAAGACUGGCAGUGGUGAUGGUGCGACUUAAGAUGGCGGAACACAUGAGAGAGGCAGUGGCGUUUGUGCAGCAGGGCCAUGUGCGCAUUGGCCCGGAAGCUGUGAAAGACCCUGCCUUUCUGGUAACGAGGGCGAUGGAGAAUAUGCUGACGUGGGUUGACACAAGCAAGAUCAAGCAGAAGGUUCUACAGUACAACGAUAAGCUGGACGACUAUGAUUUGCUCAAUUGAAUACACGUGUAAUACCAAGCAAGGGAUGUAACACAAUGUGAAGUGAAUCUCUAUGACAUUACUGAUAUGUCCUAGUGAUGUGGUGAUGAAGGUUCUGUAGCACGUGUACAAGCUAUAUAGUUUAAAAAA